AUGGUUACUAGAGACAAGCUUCUAAGCUGGGGCUUGUCUGUUCGUUCGAGCUGUGUUCUUUGUUCGGGGUUUGACGAGAACCGACAACACUUGUUUUUUGAUUGUGAGCACAGUAUCCAGAUCUGGUCUUUCUUUGUUUCUAGGCUGCAUCUGUUUCCACCACGGGGGUUUGAGGAGGUGUUGAGAUGGCUGAAAGAUCCAGCGAGAGAUAGCAACGUGACUAUGAUUAUCAGACUCAUUCAUCAAGCAGUUUUGUAUCUGAUCUGGAAGGAGAGAAAUACGCGCAUUCACUCAGCCGUGGAGAAGCUUCCAGACACUCUUAUAGCAGAGACUCAGCAAACCAUUAGACUCAGGGUGGACCCUUUGGCUCGUAGACAGGUUGUUUCUCCUGGCCAUCUUUCUGUUCUUGCAGCUUGGCUAUCCUUUUUUGCAGCAUAG